CGUUUCCAGGACGUUGAGUCUCUGCUCGCAACAUCAACCGGCCAAAAAGCCUUGGACUAUGCCAUACAAGCGGCCGAGCUGUACAUGCGAGCUGCUGCGGAAAAGGGGAUUGCCAAAGACGAUGCAGCCCGACUUCGCCGCAGAUGCCAGCAGCUCAUUGCACACGCCGAACAGCUCAAAGUGCAGCUGACGGCCUCGCCGGCGUCACCACCCACAGACGGCCUCGAGAUACUGCGCGGCGCCUCACGACUCCACGGAAGCUACUAUCCCCCUUGGAGUGACGAUCCGCCAGACACGCAGUUCCAGCUGGGACCCGAUCGGGCGCCAUACACCCAACUGGCCAACUUUUCGGCAUGGCAAAGGCCACACGAGCUGUUCGGACCCUUCGCCGCCGGCCAAGAUGAUAUCCUCAUGACCCAAGGCACGCGCUUCGACUUGGCGCAAGAUAUAACGACUGACUGUUCGGUCGUCGCUAGUAUUUCCGCUGCCGCGAGGGUCUGGACUGGAAAACAUGCAAUCCUCUCAAAGAUAAUGCAUCCGUUUGACCACGCAAGAGGACAGCCUAAGCUCUCUCCUUCUGGGAAAUAUAUCUUUCGGCUGAACUUCAACGGUUGCGCUCGACGGGUCACCAUAGACGACAGGCUUCCCGCUUCGGGGACUGAUCGAGCUCUCUUUGUCACGAAUCGGCACAAUCCGCGGUUGAUAUGGCCGGCUUUGCUUGAAAAGGCCUACCUCAAAGUACGAGGCGGCUAUGACUUUCCUGGGAGCAACUCGGGAACCGAUCUCUGGGUCCUCACCGGCUGGAUCCCCGAGCAAUUGUUCCUUCAAAGGGAGGACUUUGACGUACACGAGACAUGGAACAGGAUCAAGACAGCUUACGACACUGGGGAUGUCGUCAUCACACUUGGCACAGGCCACGUCUCUGCAGAAGAGGAGAAUUUCAUGGGACUCGUAGGAGAGCAUGACUAUGCUGUGCAGGAUCUAGAUCCCUCGAACCGCAGAUUCCUCGUCAAAAACCCUUGGUCGCACAGUCAGACAUGGAAGGGACAGGGUUGGUCUGCUGUUCACGGCUCCGACGGGACCAAGUUGGACUCGUCAUCUGAGGCAAGUGAUGGCGAUGUUGAAUCACUCUCCGCAGGCACCCUCUGGAUGGCCAUUGAGGAUAUAGCUCAGCACUUCGAAUCCAUGUAUCUCAACUGGAACCCGGCUCUGUUUACUCAUCGCCAAGAGCGUCAUUUUGCUUGGGAAAUCCCUACGACAGAUUUUGCGGCGUCGUUGGUGCGGAACCCGCAAUUCUCAGUAAGCUCACCUACAGGGGGAGUGAUCUGGAUCUUGCUGAGCCGUCACUUCAAAGAUGCCGAGCUCGAGAUCGCCCGCCAAAAAUCCGGUACUCUGGCUGCCGUGUCCAGUCAACUUGGGUUUAUGAGUAUACUUGUCUUUGACCGGCAAGGCCAAAGGGUGCAGGUUGGUGACGGAUCGACAUACCGCGGGCCAUACGUCGACUCUCCACAGACGCUCGCACGAAUCGAGAGCAGGCCUGGUAAAGCGUACACCGUCGUUGUUGACCAGCAGGCGUUGCCUUUACCCAGCUACACCUUCUCCCUUUACAUUUUCUCAAACAGCGCGGUCCAAGUCAAGGAGGCGGAAGAGAAGAUGACGCACUUUACGGAGCAACGAGGUGCCUGGAACAGACGGACAGCGGGGGGGAACCCAUCAUGCACGACCUACUUUCUAAACCCCCAGUACAAGCUUUCGGUCCCCCGCGCUACCCCAGUGUCCAUCUUGUUGGCUACAGGCAACCGCGAUAUCCAUGUACACGUUGACUUGAUCUGGGCUCGAGGCAAACGCGCACAUACCGUCAAGGCGAAAGACUUGGUCGUGUCCUCGGGCGAGUAUCGCCGUGGCUGUGCCAUUGCCGAACUCGCCACGUUGGAGGCUGGAGAUUACACCUUGGUCUGUUCGACAUUUGAAGCACAGCAGAUGGCCGAUUUCUCGCUACGAAUUGGCUCCAUGACGCCGAUCACUCUGCAGCCUAUACCGGCUGAUACGGCGGGAAAGUUGCGGACACCUCUACGGCCACUUACUUUGGGGGGAGAAGGGCAACGUUGGAGGGCCUCUAUCAGUGCGUCCUGGGUUACUCGAGCUUUCAUUUCCGUUCGAAGCGUCGCACCUCCGCCAGAGAACGUUUACCACGACACACGCUCCCUGCCAGCCGUAAUGGUUCGUAUAUCUAUGCUGGAUGUCCCAAGCUCGGAGCCGCGGGUUCUAGCCGAGUCCAGAGCGGGCUUAGGAGACCCCGGACCGAUCAUUCAAACGACUCAGUUCGACAUAGAGCCCUCGAGCACGAGUCGUGGGCCGAGAUACCUUGUUAUAGAGAGUUUGCGGGAGCAUCGGACGAUUCAGGAGCUUUCCGGGGACGUCUUUAGCGACUCCCCCAUUCAAAUUGGCGAGUGGGAAGCCUGGGGCGUGUAG